AUGAGGGGAGCAUACCAAUACCAAGGGCGUGCCGGGCCAGGAUACGCACAGUCUCCGCCAUAUCCUCCGCAGAACCAGUAUUCACCACAAGGCCAAUCACCAUACCAUGGCGGUCGGGGUGGAUGGCAAGGACAACAGUAUCCCAGUCAAGGGUCACCAAUGCAGGGCUAUUCGCCAAACCACUCCUCGUACAACCAGAACCACUCCCCUGCUUAUUACCAGGGUCAGCAAUAUCCACAACAGGGAUACCAGAACAGCCCCCACCGUGGAGGCUUCCGUGGCAACCAUUUCAAUGGACCCGAUCGAAGAGCCUCUGGGCCGGGUCUCAGCACGUCGUAUGGUGCGCAAGGUGGGCGAGGUCGUGGUGGUGCACCCACACAAUUCUCCAAUCUCUCUUGGACUCCAGCUUCGGGCACGAGAGGCGGUCGUCCCGCCACCGAAGCGCCCCGACCACAAGCUUCUGCCGCAGCUUCGGCUGAUUCACAAUCAAGUGCUGUUGAUGCCGAUGACAAUCCUUUUCGCCCGUCGAAAGAUCUUCGUGUAGAAGAUGAAGGGAUUAAAGAAGAGAAACGCACUCAGACGUCGACGAAACAAGCUGGAACGCUACCUACACAGCCCAAGUCUGGCUUCAGUUUCUCUCUGAAGACAAAGAACCCAGUGCCCGCCACGGCGAGCAAAGCAAAAGAGGAAACCGAAUUAUCCAGGUCACGGUCGAAAGAGUCUUUGCUUGACCCAAAAGCUAGAGAGGCGGCAGGUCGAGAUGCAAGCCCGAGGUACCCAACCGAUUCACGUGGCGACAGAGACCGUGAUGUUCGAAACAGAGACUACGAACGUGACCGCGAGCGAGAUAGAGAUUACCGAGAAAGAGAUCGACGAUACGAUGACUACUACGAUCGGAAGCCCGGCUACAGGGACCCUCGUGAUAGAGAUCCACGCGACACUUCCUAUCGUGAUAGGGGUAGGGAUUACAGGGAUCCUCGCGACAGAGAUGUACGGGGAUCCACGAGAUGCACGUGA